AGAAGAAACCACGUAAAUAUAAUUCCCGAAGCCGAAUCAGACCAACAAAUAUACGAAACAAAUCGAGCAGCUUGAUAAUGGCAGCAGCUCCCACAAAAAGGAAAUGAAAUCAAAUCGCACAGUCGCUGUAAAUUAAAACCAAUGUAAAUUAAAGGCGAGCGGCAACAACAACGUUGAGUUGGCUUUUAAACCCAUUGAUGCCAUGGGGCUAUAAGCGCUGUACUACACAUAAAUCAAUCACGCGGAGCUGAGGAGCAACAUGUAGUUCGUGAGACCAUGUUGCACACGCUAUAAGAACGAUUUCGAUAUACAAUGUCAAUGACUAUUUACAUGGCGCAUGAAAAAUGGCCAUUUGUUUUCAAUCAAAUUGAAGCGCACACAGAAUGAACAGCAACAACAACUACAACAGCAAUGCAGCAAAUACAAAAAUGACUUAAAGCCGCUUAAGAGCGCAAAACAAACGAAAAAGGCAGCAUAAAACGAAACUCACGCGCAAACAAAACAAAAGCCGCAGCAGCAUAAAUUCCAGCAGACACACGACCAACACGGCGUAUGCGUGAUUAAUUGCACUUUAAAUACAAACAAAAAGGACGCGCAAGGACGACAACACUGACAAAAUGUUGCCCACAAAUGUGAUGACUUUCAUGAAAAAGAUGGUGGCCACCGAUGAACAGGCCAACCAGGGGCAUCAGCAUGCAACUGAUUCUGGCAGUGGCGCCUCAAACACUGGCGCUUUAAACAAGAUGAAGGCAACGCUCUCCUCAUCGCUGCUAACCGUGACAGACAAAGUUAAUAAAAUGUCGCCACGCCCCUCGCUGGUGCCAACGGAUGCGGACACCAGCGGCAGCUAUGGCUCGCCCAGCUAUCAGCAGCAGCAGCAGCAACAGCAGCAGGAGGCCAGCAGCAAUCUGAACAACAACAAUAACAGUACCGGCGGCAGUGGCAGUGGUGGCGCCGCUGCCAAACAGGAGCCCGGACGCCGAGCGGGCGCGUGCCGGGUGUGCCUCAAGUCCUUCAAGCCGGACGACUACCACAAGACGUGCUUCGAGUGCCAGCAGCGUGUGUGCGAGGAUUGCGCCAGCUACAGCAAGCUGGACGAUCAUGAGGAUGCGAACAUGUGGCGCUGCAGCGUUUGCCGCCGCAAGAUGGCCUCGCGCGUCUGUAUACCACAGGACUCGACAGAUUCCACGCUGGACGUGCCCGUGCUGGAGGCACUGCAGCGACGACACUCGGACGCCAAACUGGGCAGCAGCACACAGACGUUGGCGCCGAGCAAUGGUGCCGCCUUGGCACCGCCGCGCAGUCCAGAGUUGCGUCGGCAUUCAGAUGUUUCACCUGCAUCACUGAAGGAGCUGGAGCGCCAGCUAAAAGGUGGCCGCAGCAUGGCACCCAGCCGUUCGAAUAGCCCGCCGCGCGGCAGCGAACUGGAGCCCGCAUUUGGUGCGCCCCUCUCGCGGAUGCAGUCGCGGCGCGGCUCACGUGUUUCGCGCCAGCACAGCUACGAUGAUGACAUGAAGACGGGCGGCGUGGGCGGUAGCAUGGGUGGUGGCGGGCCCGCGUUGGGCGUUGGCCCUGAUGGUGCUGGCCUGGGCAUACCAGCCAUGCCGCGCAGGAAAUCAGCCUACGAUGUUUUUGCCCCGGGACUGAUGCAGGGCGCGGCAACAGCAGCCACACAACUGCAGCGUUCACCGUGUGAUGGCGGCGGUGGCAUAAUGCCGCCCGUGCAGCUUCCGGGCUCACGCCGUCCCUCGUUUCGUGUGCCGCAUCCCUCGGAGGAUAUCCAAAAUGAUGAGUCGCCCGGCUCGCCGGAUAAGGGCAGCCCUGUGCUCACUGUGGACGAUGAUCGACGCAUGCGGCGACGCGGUUCACAGCUGCCGGACAUUGCGGCGCUGCAGAAUCGCGGCGCGUUGCCAACGGGUCUGACCUGCGCGAUUCCAGCGCCAAUGGCCUCGUUUACGGGCCCCAAUUUGGAGGAUUUGGAGGCACCACGGCGACAAACUUCCAUGGAUGGAGAGGCCAUACGUAUUGUCAUACACGAUGUUGAUUCCGGUCCGAUAUGUGCAUCAAAGCGUCGCAUUGUCCUGCGCCGGGACCCCACGGACAAGGCACAUCGCACACGAGGCUUUGGCAUGCGCGUGGUUGGCGGCAAAACCGGCACCGACGGGCGGCUCUUUGCCUACAUUGUAUGGACAGUGCCUGGCGGGCCGGCCGAGAAAAAUGGCCUACAGCAGGGCGACAAGAUACUCGAGUGGAAUGGCAUGUCGCUAAUCGAUCGCAGCUUUGAGGAGGUCUGCUCCAUUAUGGAUCGCACAGGUGACAUUGUCGAGCUGCUGGUGGAACAUGCCACAGACUUUCGCAUGUGCGAUCUGUUCGAUGAGAAUCUGCCGCCCGGCAAUAGUGGCGGUCAGAGCGGACCAAGGCGCUCCGGCGAUGGUCCUGUAGGACUGGGACUUAUAGCGGACCCCGAAACCAACACAGACAAAUCACCAGCAUCGCCAACUAGACGGAAAUUACCAAAAACUCCGGAGCAAAUUGCACGGGAGAAAAUGGUCAGCGGCCGCGUCCAAAUACAGGUUUGGUAUCAUGCGGAACGCAGCGAAUUGGUCGUAUCCCUAAUGGCUGGCGAUGAUCUAGCAUUACGCGAUGAGGCAUACGGGCAUGGCAAUCUUCCGGAAGCAUAUGCCAAAGUUCGCAUAUUGCCCAAGUGCGGCGACGGCAGCGUGCAGCAAACGGAGGUCAGUCGGCCCACUCAGAAUCCAAUUUGGAAUGCAACCUUGACCUUUGCCCAUGUGAAGGCCGACAGCUUGAUGGAUCGCUAUAUAGACAUACAAUUGUGGGAUUUGGUGCCGCAUACAGAGUCCAUAUUUCUGGGCGAAUGCAACAUUGAGCUACAGCAGGCCUUUCUCGAUGACCAGGCCAUCUGGUGUCGUCUGGAGGACCCAAAGGGGCUGCGUGGCAUUAGCAUCAGCAAGUCGCCAAGCGUCUCGCCACGUGGCUCCAUUGCUGCGGGUGCUGGCCAUUGUGCGGACAUGUCACGUUUGCUGCGGCGUGAUUACAAUAUGCAGCGCUCCAUAUCGGAUGAUGUCGAUUCGAUAGGGGACGGUGCAUCAUUGCUACAUCCGGAUCAUGCUUGGAUAGCGGGCUCGCGACGCGGCUCAUCGCAAUCAGAGACAAUGGAAGUCGAGGUAUAUCAGCUGGGUAAGGACUUCUCGCGCUCAUUGCCGGGCUCGCGUCGUUCAAGUUUUCAGGAUGCCGAAAAGAAUCGGCUGGAGGAGGAUGCCAUGGCCACGCCACCCACAUCCUAUCUUGUGGGCCGGCGUCGCUCCUCAGUUGCACGACGCGAUCCGGAUGAGAUCUUGAAGUCCUUAAAAGCUGUACGCGGCGAGCUGGGACGCACCAUGAGCCUGGGCACCGAGCAGAACAAGCGCAUGGGCUCGCGACGUGCCAGCCGUGCUGGCCUGCCCAGUGGUCCCAACAGUCGCAAGAGCUCCAUACUGGAUCUGUCGCAGCAGCAGCAACAGCAGCAGCAACUGCAACAAUUGCAACAACUUCAGCUGCAAAACUUGCAGCUGCAGCAACAACAACAUCUGCCGAUUGGCAUUGGCACAACGGAGACCAGUCCGCCGUCCGAUGAUGAGGAAAAGCGUUAUCGUCCACGCUGGAAGGGCUCGGGCACACAGCUGCCACCGCAGAGCGCCAAGCAGGCAUUGUCCAGGCUAAAGCAAGCCGCCUCCGUCUCGAAUGUGGCACAGGAAAAGCAGAGCCAGCUGUUAGGCAGCGGCAUGGGCGACAGCAGCCAGCAGCAGACGCUGCGGAAGGGCAGCAUGGUCAAUUUGCGAGGACAGGAUACGCUCAACGCAGGCGGACAACUGCAGCAGCAGCGCAAGGGUAGCAUGUUUCAGUUGGGCGAGGGGCAUGCCCCGCAAUCUCAGUCGCAGUCGCAGUCGCAUUCGCUGCAGCGUAAGGGCAGCAUCUAUGUGCCCUCUGCCAGCGAUACGCCCCCCAUGGGCACGCCCACACGCAAAGGCAGCAUCUAUCAGCGGACCAGCACGGAGAGCGGCGACAGUCCACAAAGAAAGGGCAGCAUCUAUCAACGCACCAGCACGGACAGCGGCGACAGCCCUCAGAGGAAGCAGAGCGUGGUGAAAACCCUCAGCGGCAGCUAUGUCAACGUCUCGGCCAUCACUGGCAGCGAGUCCAGCUAUGGGCUCAAGUUGGGCCCCUCCCAGAUACAUCCCAAGGGCUAUCGCCUGACCACGGCGCGUUAUGGUGAGCUCAAAAUGGGAUUCGUGAAAAUUAAAGGCAACGUCGAGGUGGAGCUGAUUUGUGCACGAAACAUUGUCAACGCGGACUGCGAGACGCCGCCAGACACCUACGUCAAAUGCUACAUCAAAGACGGGGAACGUUUGCGGCACAAGAAGAAGACGCGCGUGGUGCGGCAUGCCGCAGAGCCAAUCUACAAGCAGACCAUCAAGUAUCAGAGCUCUGAUGUCUUUGGCCGGAACAUUGUCAUAAUGGUGUGGCAACGAUGUGUGGGCUUCGAGCACAACCAGGGCCUGGGCGGCACGGAGGUGAAUCUGGACAAAGUGAACAUUGGACAGCACAUCAGCGGCUGGUAUCCGCUGUUCCCCAUGCACAGCUACGGCGGCUCGGAUUCGGAUAAUUCCCCUUGACCGAACACGCGAGCGUGCGCGACAACCGAAACAAUAAAAAUGAAAUGCAUAACACCAAUAUUUAAUGAUAUGCUAUUGCUUAAAGUAAACGCUCAAUUUGUUAGUACUUAAGCUGGGCCAUCCAAACAAUUUGUUGUUUAAUCAAAGUUUUAAUC